AUGAAAACUGCAGAUGACACAGCAGCGGUGCGGGUCAUCAUCAACAGUGGAGUCUCACUACAUAAGGGACGACAGCACCAGAGGAAAGCCCUGCAGAGGAUAAUGAGAGCUACUGAGCCCAUCUGUGGCUGUGAUCUGCCCUGCAUCGAAGACUCCUACAUCAGCAGGUGCAGGAAAAAGGCCCACAGCAUCAGAGUGAAGCUGGGUCUGGGAGACUUUAUCUUCUACUCGGUGCUGGUGGGCAAAGCUGCAGCCACUGGAGGAGACUGGAACACCACACUGGCAUGUUUUGUUGCCAUCCUCAUUGGCUUGUGUCUGACGCUGCUGCUUUUGGCCAUCUUUAAAAAGGCUCUCCCCGCUCUCCCCAUCUCCAUCACCUUCGGACUUGUCUUCUACUUCUCCACCGACUUCCUGGUUCAACCCUUCAUGGACAACCUGGCCAAUCACCAGUUCUACAUCUGACAAAAGCCCCACCCCCUCACACACCUGGGAACAAGCUCCACCCACAAACUACUGACAGACAACUUGACCAAUUAAACGUUCUACUCUCUUGUGGUU